AUGCGAGUCAAAAGAAGGUUAUUGAAGGUUGCAGGAAGCCGUUGCUAUGCCAAGUUUUUCCGGACAACCACAACAACGUGCAGCUGUCAUACGUAUGGUCCAGUGGACGAAGAUGAUACAACGAUUAUAUUAUCUGCAAUAUUCGGAUCGUUAUUUAUUAGCGAACAAAUGGAAGGAUUAGGUGCUAAUGUGGAGCUAUGCGACAUUGGAAAGCAGACAUUAUCUGAUGGUUCCAUAAUCAAGUUCCCUCCAGUUUUGUUCGGUACCCCUGGCAAUGAUAAGGCCAAAAAAACACUUCUCAUUGAUGGUCAUUUGAAUAUACAACCUGCUGAAAAGUUGGAAAUACAGAAUCUUUCAGGUGGGGAAUUAUGUGAAUGUGGCUCAACCGACGACAAAGGACCAGUAGUUGCAUGGAUAAAUGCACUGGAAACGUUGUAUAAAUCUGAAAUCCCAAUACGAGUAAAUAUAAAGACUCCAUUUAUGCAUUCUACUGAUUUGAAGUUCUGUUUCGAAGCAAUGGAAGAAAGUGGCUCAUUAGGACUGGAAGAAAUAUUAGAGAACAAGGACACUUUCCUGAAUAAUUUCAACUUCACUUGUAUAUCUGAUAGCUAUUGGCUUGGCAAAACCAAGCCUUGCAUUUCGUACGACUUGAGGCCGGACUUACAUAGCGGCAUAUUCGGAGGCUCAGUAUACGAGCCAAUGGCAGAUUUAGUUUGGGUGAUUAGUCAGUUAACGGAUGUGGAGGGAAACAUCUUGAUUCAAGAUAUUAUGAAUUUGGUGACUCCAGUAACGAAUGAAGAAAGGAAAUUGUACGAAACCCUUGAUUUCGGUGUGAUACGUAUUAUUUAUUGCCACUGUGGUAUGAGACUAAAUCAUUUCCUCAUUGUUCAGGAGGAAUAUCGUGCCGAUAUUGGUGCCAUCAAAUUAUUAAGCGAUUCAAAAGAAAAAAUACUGAUGAAACGAUGGAGAUAUCUUACUCUUUCACUACAUGGAAUCGUAGGAGCAUCUAGUGGCGAAGAUGCGAAAUGGUCAUUCCUGCCAAAGUAA